UCAAACAGUCUGGACACUAGCUCCACAAGCUCUACCAGUAACUUUGAUGCAAAGCAAAUAAAAACUGAAAUGUCAAGUCCAAAUACUCAGCAAUCGUUUGAGAUAAAAACAGAAUCUGUAGAAGUAAACACAACAAAUGUAAGAGUUACUACUCCAUUGAAAAUCAGUACACCUGAACCGGCAACUGUUCCGUCUUCAGUUGUCAGUCCUACCGGUUCAGAAAGUUCUCAGAUGUCCUAUCAGGAACAAGAAAAGAUAUUCCGAAUUAACUCUAGUUUUGAACUGCCACGGCUACGUCAGUGGUUUGAGGAUAACCCUAACCCAACAGCACUGACCAUGAGUGAAUACGUGGACACACUGAAUGCUACACCAUUCAGACAGUUACAGGGACAGAAGUAUAAUACUGAGAUACUCAACUCAUGGUUUGAUUUGGAAAGGCAAAAAAUGAAUGUACCCAAACUAGUUAUGGUUGAGACAAAUGACCAGAAUUGUCAUGGUGAUCGAUGUAGCAGCCUGAGUAAUAGUCUAUGCAGUGAUAGUAGUGGAGCUGAUACUGAGGAAGAAUGGACUGAUGUCAAAGUAAGAAAUGCAAUCACAGAUGUCCUUAAAGAAAUCAAUCAAAGUCAGCUGGGACAAAUCAGUCCACUGACACAGUCCAUGAUUUCUUGUAUUGUUAAUGGUAAAUAUGGAGCAACUAUUAGUAAAGAGAAAUGUCAAGAGUUUGGUCAAUGGUAUGAGAAUUAUAAAAAGAGUAAAGUACAACUCAAAGAUCCACCAAAGGUGGAAAAAGUACCACGUUAUGUGCGAUACAUGGCUGGUAGAAAACUUAGUUUCCAUCCGGAGCAUGAAGUCCCCAGAAUGAAAGAAUGGUUUGAUAUGUGCCAGCAUCCCAUAGAUGAAACACUACAGGGAUUUUGCAACAUUAUGAAUACUCAUCCAUUUAGACAACAGACUGGACGACCCAUUACAGUGACAAAUCUAAGAGUCUGGUGGAAAAAUGAACGAGCCAAGAGAAAUAGAGAAUCAAAGGAUAAAUAGAUCACUAUCAAAUUUAUUUCACAUCUUGUGUUCUCAGAGUUGAUACAUUUGUCAUCUACA